CCCAGACGGAUGACAGUAGAGUCUAAUGAGAAAGCUGACCGCAAAACUAUGAUUUCGAAUUGGAGGGGGUGGUGGAGCUGACACGGGUGACUUACAGAUCGGAAAGAACGAUGUCUCAAUUGGCAGAAAGUGAGAGUGCAGCGCACUGCAUCCGACAGAUACGUGAACUCAACAAAAGCCAAAUGUCGCUCGGGUUGGGGCAACAUUUCCAUGGAAACCAUCGACCCAAACACUCGAAUCAUGAUGAUGCUGCCGCUACUAUGGGUGCUAUUUGUUGGACCUUCAGUUUUUGGUUCGCCUUUGGAGAUGCAACUUUUGGAUAUGAUGCUGCGCGAGGCGGAGGACUAUCCCAGCAAUGGUCGCGAUCAGAGGGAUAUUUCCGUUUUGCCAACAGCUCCGAUAGGUUGCGAUGACAGCGGUGAUGCACAGGACCCAUUUAGCCACAUUUUCGAUGAAUAUGAGGAGAGCAAGGAGGAGUGCAUGGACUUUUUGCCACCCUGUGAACCAACGUUCCCGGAAGGUCUACCAAUUGAACAUCCGUGCUUCGUUAGAUUACUCCUGCUAAGAACACCGCUGCUCAAGCAGGAUCCCUGCGCCAAUUUCACCCUGGUAACUGAAAGACCAAGUACCACAGUGAAACCCAAAACCAAGAAAUGCGAUCCAAAACGUAAAGCCAGUAAAAGUGCCGCACGAAAUGAACUACUGGCACUACCCAAUAAUGGUACAAUAAAUUCAACCACAAGCACACCAUUAAGUUCAACAACAGAAACAACAACCGAUUCAAAAAUCAUAAAAAUUCGAAAAUUAGUGCCAAAGACCAAAACAAAUACCACAACAUCAACAACCACAACAACGUUGGAAACAACAACUAUAGAAGAGAGCACAUCUCCAGCGGAAACCAGCACCUCAGAAGUGGCGCCGGAAACGACAACUGAAGAGGAAACGACAGCAACACCAACCACAACCUCGACUACACAGCCACCUUUUACAGAUAACCAAUUAAAGCGAUUGAGGGCUUUAAGGAACAGGGGAAAGAAUUCCAGGGCAAAGUCACCGAAAGUACCCGAUCCCCCGCAGAUCAAACUCGAUAAUGCCAGCCAACCCAGCGAGGUUAUUCAGGUGAUCAUGACCACCGAACCUGCCGAAUUGAAGCUUCAACCGGAAGUUAACACCACCACAACAACGAUCGUGCCGCCGACCACUGUUUCUACUUCCACUUCGUAUCCGGAAAUCACCACUUCAGAAAGUUGCGACGAAGAAGAGAAAAGUACCACCGUGCCGGAAUUCUCAGGAUGUGAUGAUGACGAAGAUUUUGAAGUGUCUGAAAAUGGAGCUACUUCUACCACUGAGGAACCUUGUGAGGACACCGAAGAGCAGGAUACAAAUCUGUGUCCACAGUUUAUGCCCACCCAAGGGCCAUCAAGUCCAAUACCACCUCCAUCAUAUCGUUUUCGAAAGCCCGUUAAAAACUAUGUUGAGCCCAUUUUGUACGAGCGAGACUUUGCCAAACCACUUCAACGAAUGACACCAGUGGGACCACAGCAGAGGGAUUAUUUUGUGUCCAAUAAACAAAUAGUUCCCAGACCAAGACCCAAGUACAGGAAACGUAUACCGCCCUCUAUUUACAUGAAUAACAUUGUGAGGGGCUUGGAUUGCAGCGAUGAAGUUGGUCAGAAUCCUCCAAGGAGCCCCAAUCCGCCAAAAAGAUUUUGGGGUGUGACACCUGUAGGAUUCCUUCCGCGGAAUCAGAUAAGGCAAAAACCGGAGAGAAAUAUGAAAAGUUUUGCCCCAGUUCCAAUUAAGAGAAAGCCAAUCUAUCAAAGAAAUUCAGCGGAAAUGGUGGAGAGACAGUAUAUGAUGGAAAGGGAUCCUGAACCACGUCCGCAAUAUCACCAUUAUCCAGAAGAUGAAGUAUUUCAUGAGGAUGUCCCACUUGCCUCGCCAACUCCCAGCUUGGAUCCCUGUCAGCAGGAACACGAUCAUGUCCUUUUUCGCCAGAGAUCACAGCACCAGCAAACAGAUCAUCAUGUAAACUAUCCCCUACCACCUAUUUCCUCGCACUUUUUCACAUAAUUAACCUAAUCGCAUAACUUAGUUAAGUAGCACACAGAGCACCCAGUAACCAGUUAACCAUCGAAAAUAAAUAUGUGCACCACUAAGCAAAUGUCAAAACAGACCAUCAAUC